AUUUAGUAAUCAAUUCAAUAUGAAUGAAUUUAAAUCAUAUUUUUUGAAUGCAACAUUUGUAAUAGUAUGUGUAAAGUUACAGCUAUUGCUACUAACAGAUGCAACAGCAAUAAAAUUGACAAAAAUUGAAUGCAUUGUUUUCGAUAAAUCGUUUCUGAAUUUCAAGACCUGUUACUUGAAGGUCUUGGGUCGCAAUAAAAUUGGUGCAAGCGUCUAUGUGAGUCUGUUUAAAACACCAGUCGAUAAUAUAAAUAUUAAUUGUGGUUUCUAUGUUAAAAGUUCUUCCCAAAAAUAUAAUCCUUUUCUUUACAAUAACACAUUUAAUUUUUGUAAUUUUUUUAAAAAUCCAAAUCAACACAUAUUUUGGAAAUUAGUGCUACAAUUUGUUGGAGAACAUUCGAACAUCAAUCAUUCGUGUCCCUAUAAUCAUGAUCUCAUUGUUAAUAAUUUAGUCAUAACUAUGGAUUUACAACUUGAUAUUAAGGAAUGCGAAGAUGAUGAUAAGGAUGAUUUGCAUGCGAACGCAUUUGUGCCUCCCACCAAUUAUAUAAAAAUUUCUCAAGGAAAAAUACAAUUAGUACAUCAGCCGCCAACGCCAGCAUCAACGCCCUCUACACUGCUGCCACCACCACCACCAUCCUCACCUCCCCCACCCUUAAACAGUCAGUAUAUAUGCAAUGGUUUAGAAUCUCCCAAUGAUAAGAGCCAAUGCGGGUCACCAACAUUUGAAAAAGAACUGCGUCAGCAAUUGGAAAACAUGAGUCGUGUUAUCAAGUCCAAGGAACGUAAACAAUUACAAACAUGCCGGGACCAUAAAGCUUUACAGACACGUUUUGCACGUCAAGAAAAUCUACUACACACACUGCAGCAAGAGAAUAAAGCUCUGCUGUUACGUGUCCGUCAAUACGAGCAUUGUUUGGAUGAUGUUAUGCGUAAAGUUGUGGAUGCUAUUGUGGCCGAAGAUAAUCUACGUGAAGAGGUGGCGCUGCUAAAGGGGCGUGUUAGAGAUUUAGAAGCACAAAAUGCAGCAUUAUCGGCAAGUCCCGCUAAGGGACGUGAUGAGGGUUAUUGCACAAUGAGUAGUGGUCAACCACAACCAUCGAAUGGUCAUUUAGAAGAUUUACCUGAAGAGCCGGAACAGUGGCUAUUGCCAGCUGAACCGUGUUCAACGGAAAUGGAAGACUGGAGUAUGUCGCAAGAAGAAUUGGCUGUGAUAACAUUAGAUGAAGAUCGUGAUUUGCAACAACAACAACAACAUAGAAGGCAACAAAAACUUAGUGAUCAUGAUUGGAUAUGGAACUCAACGGAUUUGCUCAAUUCAACAAUGGUGGAAACCGAUUCUGUGGGUGAUAAUAUAUCACAAUUGUUGCAACAAAAGAUUAUUUACUCAGAAGAUGAGGAGGUGGCCUGUACAGAAUUUACCAAUGAUUUCUAUAAGCUGGUUAAUAUACGUUCCAGUUCUGCACGCAGUCUUUAUUCUUAUAUCGAAGGUGACACCGAUGAUGAAGAUGAUGAUGAGGAUGACGAUGAUUCCGAAGAUGAUGAUGAUGAUGGCAAUUCUAGUUUAUCACCCAGUCAUAAACGUUUACGCUCAAAAGUUUUAAAAUCCCGCCAAAAACAACCCAGUCCUACGCCUAGUGAGGCUGGUAGGGCUCAGGUAACCAGCUGUUCCUCUAGUGAAACCGAUGAUUUCUCCCACUGUACCACACAUCAAGAAAUCACUCUGCAAACACUCAAAGAAAACGAACCUAUAAGCGAAGAAGCAAUUGAAAAUGAAGACGAACAAACACUUGAUCAGCAUAGUGAUAUAGAAAUUGAAGAGGUGCAAUUGGAGAGCGAACUGCAAACACCGCCCCUGAUCAUAAUGAAUCAUACCAAUCAUCAGCGACAUUUAAGUGAACAUAUGACCGAAAAAGAGUGUAUAGAGCAGAUAAUUAAGACAGAAUUGAGCAGAACACCCAGACAUAAACUAAUGAAAUCUCAAUCGACCAUCGAGGAAAGAGAGAGCAAUAAUAUCUUAAGAAAUCGUCAACAGCAAAAUGAGAAACUAUCGCAGGUGGUUAGAAGUGGUAGUGUGAACGGUAAUUUAGUUACUAAGGCCAGAUAUCAAGAAAGAAUACAAAAUUCGAAUAAUUCCUGGAGACGCAGCAAUGGCUGGAAACGUGUUAUAUCACCCUCGCACUCACCUACGGUAGCCUCUCCUAAAAAGGAACUUAAAACUUCAGACUUAAAAAGUCCCCCUAAGCCAACACCCACACGCAUACCUUCUUGCAAGCCAACUUCCACAACUCCCAACAAUCAACAGCAAAAAGUCUCAACAACCACUGCCACACAUUUCCAGAAUUCUCAACAAUCUACACGUAAAUCGAAAAUUCCUCCACCCGUUCCCGUACGUCGUUCCUAUGCUAGUUAAAUCUUAUUAUAAAAACUUGUUAAAACUCAAUGAAAUCAGAAAGAAACUUAUUCUUUUGGAGGUUCUUUUUUUUUGCCCCUGUAAAUAUUUAAAAAAGAGAAAUUAAGUGCGUCAUAGUUUAAGUUUAUAGAAUAAGUCCGAAAAACAAAAACAUUUAUUAAAAAAAAAGACUAAUAUGUGAUAUACAUUUGAAAAAUAUUUAAAAAACAAAUUAAUAAUAUUAAUAUUAGAAACUAAAAACACCAAA